AUGGCUCAGAGUUACACCAUCUACGUUCUGUAUCAACGCAAGGUGAACAUGGAAGUGCUAGCUCCUGAGAGCUUCAAACUCAAGCUAAAAUGUCGCUGUGAUGGAUUGUGCUCUUCAUGCAAACAAACCUGUAAGAUGGAUGUUAACUUCAAAGAGGAUCCUGUGCCCGGAUCUGUUGGGGAGAUACUGAUUAACGUUUCACUCAAAACAACUGCAGCAGGAUGUUGGAAUAUUCGGUUUAACAAGAUCAUCAACGAGAAGGAAGCAAUCGAUAAGCCCUACGUCGAUCCAGAGUAUUGGAAGGAUGUAGGUUUUAAGCCUUACUACGUACCAGAAGAACCAGAUGAAGUGUUCCUCGUUGAGGAGGGAGAAGAAAUUGAGGAAUCAUGGAUUACUGGAUUGCACCUGUACUUCUUCUGA